UCCAUCCAUGGCCUCCCGAAACCACAUCCCCACCCUCUCCACGCCCCUCCUCUCCGACUCCUCCUCCACCACCCCCACCCGCGGCGUCGCCAACGGCCACGCGUACAACCACGGCGAGUCGACAUGCGACGCCGACCCGUUCGCGUUCCUCUCGGAGGACCACCCGCCGCGCUCCCUCUGCCCGUCGCCCGCCGACCCGUUCCGGAACAGGACGCCGGGGUGGGGCGACGCCUACUGCUGGGCCCGGGCGCUGCUGCUCGCGCCGGUGGCGGCCGCGCGGCUGCUGCUCUUCGGCCUCGCCAUCGCGAUCGGGUACGCCGCCACGUGGGUGGCGCUGCGCGGCUGGACGGACUCGCGCGAGCGCCCGCGGGAGGGCGCCGGCCCCAUGCCGGCCUGGCGCCGCCGCCUCAUGUGGGUCACGCGGAUCUCCGCGCGAUGCAUCCUCUUCUCCUUCGGGUAUCACUGGAUCAAAAAGAAAGGAAAGCCUGCUCCUAGAGAACUUGCGCCUAUAGUCGUUUCCAAUCAUGUAUCUUACAUAGAUCCCAUAUUUUUCUUCUAUGAAUUGUUCCCAACCAUUGUUUCAUCGGAUUCCCAUGAUGCAAUACCAUUUGUUGGCACAAUCAUAAGAGCAAUGCAGGUUAUAUACGUUGAUAGAUUCUCGCCAGCAUCAAGGAAGUCAGCUGUGAAUGAAAUAAAGAGAAAGGCGGCUGGCAAUAAUUUUCCGCGCGUCCUGUUGUUCCCUGAAGGCACUACAACAAAUGGGAUGUUCCUGAUCUCAUUCCAACAUGGAGCGUUCAUACCUGGCUACCCUGUUCAACCUGUUGUUGUUCGUUAUCCCCAUGUGCACUUUGACCAAUCAUGGGGAAACAUAUCGCUAAUAAAGCUCAUGUUCAAGAUGUUCACCCAGUUUCACAAUUUCAUGGAGGUAGAGUACCUCCCUAUUGUCUACCCGCCUGAGAUCAAGCAAGAGAAUGCCCUCCAUUUUGCAGAGAAUACCAGCUAUGCUAUGGCACAUGCCCUUAAUGCUUUACCGACUUCUUAUUCUUAUGCCGAUUCAAUGAUUGCGUCAAGAGCAGCAGACGCUGGAAAGGCGAAUUGCUCAAAUUAUAUGGUGGAAAUGGCUUGGGUAAAAGAAGCGUAUGGUGUGACCACAUCAGAAGCAAUGGAACUCUUGGAGCACUUUUUGGCUAUGAACCCAGACAGUGAUGGACGUGUUAAAGCCCAAGAUUUUUGGGCUCUUUUUGGUCUAGAUUGCAGUCCUCUAUGCAAGAAGAUAUUUCACUACUUCGAUUUUGAAAACAAGGAAUCUAUCACUUUCCGACAGUUUGUGGUCGGGUGCGCGCACAUCAGGAAGCAGCCAUUGUUUGAGGGAGUGUGUGAAACCGCUUUCGACAAGUGCAAGGUCCCCGGAACCUCUGACAUCUCCCUUGCACAGCUAGCUGAUGCCCUACGGUCAAGCAUGCUUCCGCCAGCUGAUGAUGGGAUGCUGAAGCUGUUCGAGAUGUUCGACAUUGACAAUGACGACAAAAUCAGCAAGGAUGACUUCAUGGCAUGCCUUGCGAGGUUCCCUUUCAUGAUCGCCCUCUUUGCUGGCCGGAUCAACGGGGAAGUUUACAUCGAGAUAGUUUGAUACUGGAGUUGUCGCCCCUCCGUUUAUUUAGAGGGAUGAUUGCAACACUCCACCGUCCGUUUAGUCAAGACGGACCAAAGCCAAGCUUAUUCCCCCAGCUGCUUUGUGCAUCUCAAACAGGCUAAACCAGUACAGUGCGGCAAUUUUGUUUAAUUUGUUCUUGAAGGGGGUUUAUGUAGAUAGGAAUGUUGUGACAUAGACACUUGAUCCUGCAUAUGAUACAGCGUCAGUUGAACUGGAUGUGCACAUAGAAAGCACUUUGUAACAUGAAACAGAAUUUUUUGGAAGAAAAAUCUGGCUUUUCUCAUUUUAUAA